AUGUCUAUGAAGUCCAAAAUCAGAGCCUUUUUUGGCCCUACCAGACAAUAUGCUGUGGCUGGAGCCAGUAACAAUCCUACGAAAUUCGGAUUCAAGAUCUUGAGCUGGUAUGUCUCUCACAACUUAACGGCUAUACCAAUAAACCCUAGAGAACAGGAGAUUUUGGGUCAAAAUGUCAUUUCUAAUGUGACUCAGAUUUUGGAGUCUAUUGUAGCCAAGUCAGAUUUGAACGGUUAUAAGUUGCUGGACGUGGAUGGAUUGAGCAUCUCUUUCUUGACUCCUCCUCAUAUCACAACAACUACCUUAAAGCAGAUAGCUGAUGUAGAGGGUUACGAAAACAUCGUCAAGGGAUUAUGGUUUCAACCUGGAAGCUACGACCAGGAAGUGUUGGAUACAGCUGAAAAGAUCGGCUUGUUCAGCAAGGUAGUCUACGAAGACGAAUGUAUAUUGGUCAGAGGAGAAGAAGGUUUGCACAGUGCUAAUUUGUAG